CUGCUACCGAGGAUGGCCACCCAUAUCAAGCCUCUCAUCUUGCACGCCCACACCACGGGUCCAAAUCCCAUCAAGAUUGCUAUUGCAUUGGAAGCGCUCGGGAUUCCGUUCACUGUGAAGCUCUGGGACUUCAGCAAUGAUCCUAAGACCGGCGUAAAGGGCACCACGUUCCUGAAGAUCAACGAGAAUGGACGGGUGCCCGCACUUGAGGAUCCCAACACGGGCAUCAUAUCGUGGGAAUCGGGUGCAUGUAUGAAUUAUGUCCGCCGGGUAUACGACUCGGCAAACCAGAUCGGUCCCUGUGGGAGUUCCGGCCAAGAUUUGGUUGACUUUGAGAAAUGGGAGUAUUUCCUCCUGACUACCCUUGGUCCGAUGACCGGGCAAGUUAAUUGGUUCAAACACUACCAUCACCAGGAAAAUGAAGAUGCCCUCCAGCGGUAUACUGCUCAGACCUACCGAUGUUAUAAUGUGUUGGAGAACCAGCUACGGAAGUCCGGAGGUACCAGUAUUCUACCGGGUCGAGUCUGUGCAGUGGAUUACCAUUUCGAGCCGUGGGUGAGACAACAUUCGUUUGCCGGGCUUUCUCUGGACAGCUAUCCCAUGAUCCAUAAGUGGCUGGGAUUGAUGCAUGCUCGUGAGGAGGUUCAAGAAGCAUAUAUUAAAGUCCAGGCUGCUGCAGGGAAGUAAGCAAAGUCAGCUUCCGAGAGGUUGCCUCAUCUAUACGGACUCUUGCAGAGCCAGAAUCUGUUUUCUGAGAGUCCAUGAAAAAAGUUUCCAGUCGUAAACGAGCCUAGUUUAUUACUUUAUUGUUGAUAUAUGAGAAUGGUGCCUAGAAUCCCCAAUCACAUUAAAUGCUUGCAGAAGUUGGUUGAGGUCAUAAAGCCGUCUGGCAGUCGGCUGCGCGACCCCUCG